AGUGUAAAGAGGGGGAGGAAGAAGGGAGGCGCUAGGACCUAGGACUGGACAAGGCGGGGAGUUGACGGGUGAGCCCAUUGCAGUCCACUACUUAGAGCAGGUUUGAUUAUGGCCGUGGACAUUGAUGACCCCAAGAGUGGUUUCCGCCACUGCGAAGUGGUCCUGUUCAUCAAUGAAGAGGUGACAAGAAACGGAGGUGGCCCUGGCUUCUACCUGACCUUCCGUUCACGGCCCUGGAAGGAUAUAGAAGAUGGCCUGAAGUCUGUCGUUGUUGAUACCCAUGUACCGCGUUCCAUCAAGAGGGCCUGUGCCUGGAGUGCUCUGGCCCUAGGAGUGAGGGUGGCUGUGAGGCAACGAGAAAAGCAGUUACGCCGUGUGCAGCAGCUACACGAUCAGGUAGAAGAGCAUGAGGCAGCCACCUGGACUUUGGCCACAGACCUGCAACGGCUGCGUGAGGAACGUGAUGAAGUGGUCUCUGAGCUUCGCAGUGCAAAAGACAACCUGAAGCAGGUGAUACUAGAACGCGAUAUGUUACAAAGGAGGCUAGUAGAGUUCGAGCUGUCACAGCAACUCCUCGCCGAGUACCAAGAUGCUGAUUAUCCGGGUAUUCCACCAAGGCCUCUAAAUGUCAAAGAAAAUAGAGAGGCUCUUGACGCGGGCUUGCAGAAUGGGCAGUGUGCAGUGUCCCAGAAGAAAGCCCAGCUGGCAUCUCUAACAGUUCUAGAUACUUUGCAUGAGGCUGAAGAAUUCCCAGCUUCCAAUGUGUGAAUCUUCGUGAAAUGACUUUCAAAACCAAUCUCCGCCUCAGUAAAAUCUCAGCUACUUGCUGCUACAAAAAAAAAAAAAAAAAAAAAAAAAAA